CGUACUUUAGCCGGCCAUAUUGGAAGGAGUCGACACCGUACGACCAUGAUUUCUCGGUUACGUUUAGCCACCAGAAUUGGUGGUGCAGCCAGGCUCUUAGCUCAUGCAAAACCAAGUUUGCCUGCCACCACAAGACUGAUGUGUCAGGUUCCUGCCCAACAAACGGAAGAUAAACCUCAGGAGUUUGGUCAGUUCUAUAGAGAUAUCAGCAGUUUGUUGAAGGAGAAGACUGGGGAGACUGGCCACAAACUUUUGGCUGGUGGAUUCCUCACCUACAUCCUUUCAAAAGAAAUACUCAUCCUUCAUGACGAGACUCUUCUUGCUGUUGUGAUGUUCGGCACUAUGUAUUGGGUCUAUUUAAAAGUUUCUCAGCCAGUUGCAGAUUUCCUAGACAGUUAUUCUCAAGGAAUCUUAGCUAGAUUCAAUGGAUAUAAAGAGAAGCGCAUUGAGAUGUUGACUAGCACCAUUGAGGAGGCCAGCCAGGUUGAGUACCUGCAUUCUGCCAGGACAGACAUUGUGGAAAUUAUGAGGGAAAAUAAUGCCAUGUCUCUUGAGCUGAAGUAUCGAAACAGGCUGCAUGAAGUUGCUAGAGAAGUCACCAAACGCUUGGAUUAUCAGGCAGAGAUUGAAGCUUUCCAUCGAAGGAAUGCUCAAGCACACAUUGUUGAUUGGGUGGAAAAAGAAGUUGUCAAGAGUAUUUCACCUCAGUUGGAAAAGGAAAGUGUUAGCCAGUGUAUUAGAGACCUAAAGGCUAUGGCACCAGCUUGAAAGGAGUGUGGUUCAUUACCAGAUUUAACAAACAUUGGGCCUACUUUUUGUGAAUAUAAAUUUUUGUUGUUUUGAUUGUAACCCUUGGGUCAUAAUGGCAACUCUGAAAUAAAGAUGCGAUAAUUUUAAAAUUG